AUGCGACGUGCUGCUCUUGCCGGCCUUUCACUCUGCUGCGGCUUGGCGGCACAGAGGCCGCAGCAGCAGCGUCGCCUCGAUGCGGCGCGGGGCGGCGGGCCGCCAGGUCUCGUGGACCACUGUAGGCUGCUGCAAAGAAUCCGGGCGGGCCGGGAGCCGGAGCAGGUUAGGCGCCGGCGCGUUCAGGGUGUCGUUCGUAAGAUGGAGGCGAACUACACGCAGUGGCUGGCGGAGUGCGGGGCGAAGGAGUCGCUGCUGGUGCUCGAGGCCCUGGCAGGUGUGGCACGGUGCCUUAAACGGCAUCGCCCCGCCACGACGGAGUUUCAGCAGGGGGAGACGGAGGAGGACUGGAGCGGUGCGUCGCCGUACUUUUCGCCAGGCGCGAGUGAUUGGCUCUGUGUUCUGCUGGAGCGUGCCGCACACCACGCCUCGCGUCCCGAGGACUCUCUGACGCUGCUUUGGGCCGCCGCCGAGCUUGAGCUCGCAGAUGCGCAGACGCUGCAGCAUCUCUCUCGCCAGUUGACGAGGCGAGAGUACACGGGGAAUGCAGCCCCUGCGGAGCUGGUUUGCGUCCUGCGACUGAUCUCGCUUCUCGUGAAGCGCUGCCGCAUGCCAAUUCCGCAACUGGAUCACCUCCUCUGUCGCCUGCACACCGCCCCACUCGACGCACGACAGUCACUCAACGUCCUUUCCUCGCUCUUGCGGCUGCGUGAGAGGAAUAGCGUGCAGAUGGUGCGGUCUGUCUCACGGAGGGCCGUGGAGGACGUCGCGACGUACACCCCGAAGGACGUUAUCUACGCGCUGCAGGCGAUUGCGCUGUUAAACUGUUGUCAUGAGGCCUACGUGGGAGCCGUUCUCAACCGGUGCAUCGACUUGCAUGCGGAGCUUAAGCCGACGGAGCUCGGGAGCGUCUGCAAGUAUGUGGCGAUGCUGAGUGGCUCACGGGCAAACAAUGAGACGGCACUGAGCUGUGCGAAGGAGCUGCGCCGUCUGCUUCCCGCACUUUUAAGCCGGGCGGAGCAGCUGCUGGGCUGCUUUUCGCUCCGUGACGCUCGUUGCGUGUUGGGCUGCCUGGAGCAGCACAAGGUGCAUCACUCCGUUGUGUUUUCACGCCUGACGCCGCUUGCCUCGGAGAAGUAA